AUGAGCAGGCAGGACACAGCUCGCAGCGUUCCUGGAGCCUUUGGCCAGAGGAGAGAGGCACUGUGUCGUGUGCACAGCCAGGCCCAUUGGUUGUGGGCGGACCAUGCAGAGACUGUUUUUGUCUCUCUGAACAUUUUGAACGGCCUGAAUACCUGUGAAUUAGCUAAAUCUGGUUCUGAACAGGGUCAAAAGGCUUGGAUAGAGAAGACCUUUUCAAAAAGAGAAUGCAUCUAUGUAAUUGCCAACAACAAAGACAUUAGCAGGUGCUGCUGUGGCCAGCUUAUUAACCAACAUAUUCCACCUCCUCCAAGUAUAACAGCUAAUAAAAAUGGAGAAGAAACAAAGCAAGUGGAAGCUCAGCCAGAGAAAUGGUCCGUCAGUAAACACACCCAAACAUACCCAACUGAUGCCUAUGGAAACCUUGAAUUCCAGGGAGGAGGACAUUCAAAUAAGGCCAUGUAUAUCCGUGUGUCAUAUGACACUAAACCAGAUUCUCUGCUGCAUCUCAUGGUGAAAGACUGGCAACUGGAACUGCCCAAACUCUUAAUCUCUGUCCAUGGAGGCCUCCAGAACUUUGAAAUGCAACCUAAAUUAAAGCAAGUAUUUGGAAAAGGUCUGAUAAAGGCUGCCAUGACCACAGGAGCUUGGAUUUUCACUGGAGGUGUUAGUACAGGUGUCAUUCGUCAUGUGGGAGAUGCCCUGAAAGAUCAUUCUUCCAAAUCCAGAGGACGAAUAUGUGCCAUAGGAAUUGCACCGUGGGGCAUUGUAGAAAACAAGGAAGAUCUGAUAGGAAAAGAUGUAACACGGGUUUACCAAACAAUGUCAAACCCUCUAAGUAAGCUCUCUGUGCUCAACAGUUCCCAUACCCACUUCAUUCUGGCAGACAAUGGUACGCUAGGUAAAUACGGAGCUGAAGUAAAGUUACGACGUCAGUUGGAAAAACACAUUUCCCUCCAGAAAAUUAACACACGGCUGGGACAAGGUGUUCCUGUAGUUGGGCUCAUAGUGGAAGGGGGUCCCAAUGUGAUCUCCAUUGUUUUAGAGUGUCUACGAGAAGAACCCCCUCUCCCUGUCGUGAUAUGUGAUGGUAGUGGACGAGCAUCGGAUAUUCUGUCAUUUGCGCACAAGUAUUCAGAAGAAGGAGGGAUAAUAAGUGAAUCCCUUAGGGACCAGCUUCUAGUUACCAUCCAGAAAACCUUUAACUACAACAGGAAUCAAGCUCAUCAGCUGUUCGUCAUUCUUAUGGAGUGCAUGAAAAAAAAAGAACUUAUUACCGUGUUCCGCAUGGGGUCUGAAGGGCAACAGGACAUUGAGAUGUCUAUCUUAACUGCUCUCCUCAAAGGUACCAAUGCAUCUGCUCCAGACCAGCUCAGCUUGGCUUUGGCCUGGAAUCGUGUAGACAUUGCACGCAGCCAAAUCUUUGUCUUUGGACACCACUGGCCACCUUUAGGAAGCCUUACAGCUCCUGACGGUACAGCUACUGAGAAGGAAAAGAAAUCUCCAGCAGCUCAGACUAAAGCAGCCAGAGGGAAAGGAAAAGGGAAGAAAAAGGGAGGAAAAGGAAAAGAAGAGCCAGAAGAAGAAACAGACCCAAGAAAGCUUGAACUCCUGAACUGGGUGAAUUCCUUGGAGCAGGCUAUGCUGGAUGCACUGGUUCUGGAUCGAGUGGACUUUGUGAAACUACUUAUUGAGAAUGGAGUGAACAUGCAGCACUUCCUCACUAUUCCUCGACUGGAAGAACUUUAUAAUACCAGAUUGGGUCCACCAAAUACGCUGCAUUUGCUAGUCAGAGAUGUGAAAAAGGGAAAUCUUCCACCAGAUUAUCAUAUCAGCCUAAUAGAUAUUGGUCUUGUACUUGAAUAUCUCAUGGGUGGAGCUUAUCGCUGCAACUAUACUCGAAAAAGUUUUCGGACUCUUUAUAAUAAUUUAUUUGGACCAAAGAGGCCAAAAGCUCUUAAACUACUAGGGAUGGAGGAUGAUGAGCCUCCCACCAAAGGGAAGAAGAAGAAGAAGAAAAAGGAGGAAGAGAUCGAUAUUGAUGUGGAUGACCCAGAAGUCAGCCGCUUUCAGUAUCCCUUUCAUGAACUGAUGUUAUGGGCCGUGCUGAUGAAACGGCAAAAGAUGGCACUCUUCCUUUGGCAGCGAGGGGAGGAAACCAUGGCCAAGGCACUUGUGGCCUGUAAACUGUACAAGUCUAUGGCGCAUGAGUCUUCUGAGAGUGAGCUGGUGGACGACAUCUCUCAGGAUCUAGACAACAACUCAAAAGAUUUUGGCCAACUGGCUGUUGAACUCUUGGAUCAGUCCUAUAAACAUGAUGAGCAGAUUGCCAUGAAACUACUGACGUAUGAACUGAAAAACUGGAGUAAUUCUACCUGCCUAAAAUUGGCUGUGGCAGCUAAACACAGGGACUUCAUUGCCCACACAUGCAGCCAGAUGCUCUUAACAGAUAUGUGGAUGGGGAGACUACGCAUGCGGAAAAACCCAGGCCUUAAGGUUAUAAUGGGGAUUCUCUUCCCUCCCACCAUCCUUUUCCUAGAGUUUCGGAGUUACGAUGAUUAUUCUUACCAGACAUCAAGAGAAAAUGAGGAAGGCAGAGAAAAGGAGGACGAAAAUGUGGAUGCAAAUGUGGAUACAGGCUCCCGAAAAGGAGAUGAAGAGAAUGGAAAUAAAAAACAAAAGAGCCUUCCAAUUGGAACGAAGAUCUAUGAAUUCUAUAAUGCACCUAUCGUCAAAUUUUGGUUCUACACAAUAUCAUACCUCGGUUACUUGAUGCUAUUUAAUUAUAUCAUCUUGGUGCGGAUGGAACGGUGGCCAUCAGUCCAGGAAUGGAUUGUCAUCUCUUACAUUGUGACGUUGGCUUUAGAGAAAGUAAGAGAGAUUCUGAUGUCAGAGCCUGGCAAGCUGAGCCAAAAAGUGAAAGUUUGGCUCCAGGAAUACUGGAAUAUUACUGACCUGGUGGCUAUUUCAGUAUUUAUGAUAGGAGCAAUUCUUCGCCUACAGAACCAGCCUUAUAUGGGUUAUGGAAGAGUGAUUUACUGCGUAGAUAUCAUUUUCUGGUACAUUAGAGUACUAGAUAUCUUUGGUGUGAACAAAUAUCUGGGACCUUACGUCAUGAUGAUUGGAAAGAUGAUGAUUGACAUGCUCUACUUUGUGGUCAUCAUGCUUGUCGUUCUGAUGAGUUUUGGAGUAGCCCGUCAAGCUAUCCUGCACCCAGAUGAGGAGCCUUCCUGGAGACUAGCUCGCAACAUCUUCUAUAUGCCCUACUGGAUGAUCUAUGGAGAGGUGUUCGCAGACCAGAUAGACCUCUAUGCCAUGGAAAUUAAUCCUCCUUGUGGGGACAAUCUUUAUGAUGAUGAUGGUAAACGCCUCCCUCCAUGUAUACCAGGGGCCUGGCUCACUCCUGCUAUUAUGGCCUGUUACCUCUUGGUAGCAAAUAUCCUGUUGGUAAACCUGCUGAUUGCUGUCUUCAACAAUACCUUCUUUGAGGUAAAAUCAAUAUCCAACCAAGUCUGGAAGUUCCAGCGGUACCAGCUGAUCAUGACGUUCCAUGACAGACCUGUCCUCCCACCGCCAAUGAUUAUCUUCAGCCACAUCUACAUAAUCAUCAAGCGAAUCUGCUGUUGCUGCAAGAAGGGUGAAGGAGACCAGGAUGAACGUGACAGGGGACUGAAGUUAUUUCUGAAUGAUGAAGAGCUAAAAAACCUGUAUGAGUUUGAAGAGCAGUGUGUAGAAGAAUACUUCCAGGAAAAAGAGGAUGAGCAGCAAUCAUCUAAUGAUGAACGCAUCAGAGUUACCUCUGAAAGAGUUGAAAAUAUGUCUAUGAGGCUAGAAGAAGUGAAUGAAAGAGAACAUUUUAUGAAAGCUUCUCUUCAAACAGUUGACCUUCGACUCUCUCAGUUGGAAGAACUAUCUGGUCGGAUGGUGAAUGCUCUUGAGAAGCUGGCAGGUAUUGACAAAUCUGAGCUGACGUAUACACGUUCACGGGCUUCAUCUGAGUGUGAUGCUGCGUAUCUCCUAAGGCAAAGCAGUGUUAACAGCUCUGAUGGCUACAGCAUGUACAGAUACCAUGUCGGUGGCGAUGAGUUAACAUAUGAUGACAGUACCACUCCUAUGUCACCAGCCACGGGAUUGCGUAAAAAAGCCCAUUCUAUCAGUACCAAAGAAGAUGAAGCAGACCCAAGGAUGCUGGUUCCAGAACACCACACCAGUCUCCAUUAUACCUCUAGUGCUAAUGCAGUCACCACAGCAGAUUACAGUAAAUCUACAUUAGAAAUUGCUCAGAAUGUUUCCAGACCCCAUUCUGGUUCACGUGGUUUGGGGGAUGAAAAGCAGGGGAUUUGCAAGAGUGAUGGUAUGGUUCCUCGAAGUAUAAACCAGAUGGAUGCUGUUACGAACAGACAGUCAGUACCAAGAUCAGAUUUUCAGAACACUCAGUUAAAAGUAGAACGUACCAAGUUAGAAGCAACCAUCUCUUAUCCCUUGGACAAAUCUAAAGCAAUGCGCUAUUUUCCUCCUGAAACAUUCAGUGCUUGUCAAACCACUAUGAUGAAGUCAAGGAGCUUUAUAUUUGCACAGGGUGGGAAGCUGGUUGGAGGGGUUAACAACUGGACCACAGAGUAUAGUACCAUCAUGGAUCAGGUGUGCCCUUCUACAAUUGAACAAUGGGCCACCGAGUGGAAAUAUGAAGUUGAGCAGCAGCUUUCUCAAGAACGUCCUCCAGAAUACCCCGGUUUUAUCUCUGAAGCAGAAAGGCAAGCAGAGCAGAAACAGUUACAGAUGGACACAGAUGAUGACAGCGAUGUUGGUGAAGCAGGUAUGAGUGCCUCUUACACCUCUAUGCCUGCCACUGUCAAGACUGAGAAAGAGAAUUUACUAUCAGUAAAGCCAGAAAGGACUUCUGGGUUCCCAUCAGUACGGUCAAAGAGUUUGCACAGCCAUUCUCGGAAAGCCAAGUCUGUAAAGGACAAAUUAAAUAGACCAGGACAUGCCAGCAGUGUAACUAAUUUGGUGGUAGCAUUUGGCAGUGCAACAGAAGAACUGAAAGCUAGGCAAGAAAAUGCAUCCACAGAAACUGAAUGUUAA